AGCAACAAACAUAAUCUACUUAUAAAUUAUUGUCUACUUGUUUUAAUCUAAAAUUACCGUUUCUUGACUAUGGCGAAGUGGUUUUUCACUAUCUUCUUGGUUUUUGCCCUAGCCUCUGCUUUAGCUUGUAACGCAAGAAAUGUCCCAGCUGCUGGAGGCCUCUCUGACCAGAAGAACUACCUCGGUUACGGUGGAGGAUACUCUGGCGUUGGUGACAAUGGUAUUCCGUUCGGUGGCGUUGGCGGAGGUGUGUCUGGUCCUGGAGGUAAUCUUGGUUUUGGAGGACUUGGCGGUGCUGGUGGGGGCUUAGGUGGUUUGGGCGGUGGACCAGGCAGUGGAUUAGGCGGUGGCUUAGGCGGCGGAUUAGGCAACGGAUUAGGCGGUGGAAGCGGACUUGGUGCUGGAACCGGUGGAGGGAGUACCGGAGGAUUUCAUUUCCCUUGAGUUUGUAACUUUGGCUUUAAGGUUUCGUCUGGUCCUCGAGCUAGGUCUUAGCUAGCUUUAAGAUGUGUCAUGAAUAAUCUAUCAUAUCUUUUUAGGGUUCGAGUUUGGGAUUAUCAUUAGCUUUUAACGUGCGUCUUAAGUUACUAUGGUGUCUUUGAAUCAGUCUCGUACGUGUCUUGUCGUGUCAUGGCUUGGUCCAUCUUCAAAUUCUACUUUUGACUUUUUUUCUAGUGUUUCACUCAAUGAGUUCAUGUCAACAUCUAUGAUUACUUUUUCGUUGUUAUUAUAGCUCUAUUUAUAGACUUUAUAAUUAAUA